GUCCCACUGCCGCACACAAAAUAAAUAAAUAAAUAAACUAAUUUGUAUUAUAAAAUAUGUUGUGAAAAAAUCUGGGAAGGUUUGAUAAAGCCAAGCGGAAAUGGCGCGUAUUACCUGGAGAGGGCACUCCAGCCAGGAGCUGCUAUCGAUGUGCCGGCUGCGGUGGAGCUACAUGAAGCACUGCUGGCACUCGCUGACCUUUAAUGCCCACAUGAACUCCUCCUAUGCCUCGGAUGUGUGCCUGACCCCCAUAUUCUGGUUCGUGGACAACUACACCCACUGCUUGGGACCGUUUUUUGUGGUGGGAGUGGCUGCCUUGACCACUUCAGUCGUGAGCAUUGCCUACUGGAUUGGACUGCCCUUCUGGUUGGCCAAAAGCCAGCUCAUGACGGUGUUCCUGCUCAUUGUGGGGAACUGGCUACUUCUGAAUGUGGUCUUCCAUUAUAUUAUGGCCGUGAUUACCCCACCUGGGUAUCCACCCGAAGGAGUGUCUUUGGUGGAGGCAGUCAGCAUGUGCGGCAAAUGUAUAUCCCCGAAGCCGCCCAGAACCCAUCACUGUUCCGUGUGCAAUCGCUGCAUCCUUAAAAUGGAUCACCACUGUCCUUGGCUGAACAAUUGCGUGGGCUAUGCAAACCAUCGAUAUUUUUUCCUAUACAUGAUGUACACUACCAUGGGUUGCCUGUUUCUCAUACUGUUUGGUCUAGAGAUUGGCUAUAAAUAUCUAUGGCUGGACCAUGGUGACAACUGGACUGAAGUGGAGCCUCUAGAAGGGCAGCCGGUAAAAUUUAACCUUAGUGGGCAUAUUAUUCCAGUGACCCAUCCGAAUGAAUACGAUGAUUUUAUGAUGCCACCAGCCGUGCAUAACCUUCCAACUCCCAUGGUGGACCUGGAUGCACCUUCGCCAGGUCGUCGGAGAGCCCUGUGGUUCAUGGCCUUUACAAACGUGGCCGUGGUGAUGGCCUUGGGCACUCUGUGCACCUGGCACGCCAAGCUCAUCACCCGGGGAGAAACAAGUGUGGAAGCUCACAUCAAUGAAGCAGAGAGGAAGAGACUCCUCCAACAGCAACGCAUUUACAUCAACCCCUACAACUUCGGCACCAAAAAGAACUGGAAAUUGUUUCUGGGUUUGGUGAGGGGCAGAUCCUUUUGGCGAACUGUUCUGCUGCCGUCUUGGCACAAGCCCGAAGGCACUGGGCUUAGUUUCCACACGGUUCACGAUGCUCCCUUCGAGGACGAGUGGCCGUAGUCCAAACAUCGAAGCUCUUGUGAUGUCUAAAAGUCAAUUUAGUAAAAUAUGUAAUCAUAAGAUGAAAGUUAAAGCCUAAGCUCAAAGUAACUAAAUUUUUUACUUUUGUAAUUUAUUUAUUUAUAAAUCACUCCAAAGUUUACUUAAAGCCGUAGAGAUUAACUUAAAUAUUUUUAAAAGCUAGCAUACAAAUUCCAUGGCAUGUUGGAGCUGAUAAUGUUUCCAUAGAGACUAAGACCUAAAAUAAUAAAGCUUUUUUACUUAAUAAAUUCCGUGAAAAGUAAA